ACGGCUCCAGGCAGUUAUCGCCGCAAUAAAAAAGGCGCUAGUUUCCGGCCAUUGAUUUGCGCCUGUCUUGCCAUUCAUGCCUGGGACCGGGAGUUGUUAGUAAAUUAAAGAUCCUGCCAUAUUGCUGUUGCUCCACACAAAGAAAACACGUCAUGUUACUGCGCUGGACAGUCGAUGUCUGCUAGUGUUUCCUUUUUGUACCAAGAAUGCGGGAUAAGCACUGUUGAGUCGCAAUUGGUUGCAGUGCGCCAGCCACAGCCCCAUUUGGCGGAUGUGUGUGCAUACAUGCUCCUGCGUGUACUGCACAUAUGUGUGUGCGUCGUGGAUAAAAAGCAAUCAGUCAGCAACUGUCAGGGCAUUGAUUGCACACUACUCAUGGAAGAUGGCAGAUAAUUACAAAGAUUUAACACGCAAACUGGAUGUCCCGCUGUACAAUGCCGGCAAUGUUGUGUAAUCGAUUUUGGUCACAUUGGGCUUGGUGUGUGUAUGUGUGCUUGUGUGAAAUGGUGUGAAAGUUAUAAUUUGUGACGGGACUAACAUGUUCGUUGUGUUGUGGAGAUCAGCCGCGAAAGUGCUACGUUAUGGCGUAUGGGAUGUGUAAUAACAUAGUACUGUGAUAAUACCGCAACUUGCCACAAAUGAUGCUGUUUUUAGCGUGUCUUGACCUCACAUUUGCCUUUGUUUUGACCUUAAACAUGUUCCCGCCGGCGGUCAAGCCCAACAUCAGCAAACCGCAUAAGAUCCGUCUGCAUACCAUGGAACAAUGUAAUGAGCAAUUCGGCACGUGCUUCGCACUUUUAUCCAAAGACGGCGGAUUUCUGGGUCAAGUUCUGUACGGAAGAGGCGAUCUACCGGGGAACGUAAGGACACGCUUCCCCGAGACCAUUAACCUGUAUUGCAAGUCACUCGGAGCCGGUUUAAGUUGCGUGGAUGAUGCACUACGUGGGUGCUCGUCCUUAAUUGAGAAGCCAGUUAUCAAGAAAGUACGCGCAUUUAUGCGCUCCUUUCGCCAGAUCGAUCUAUGUACGAAGGAUACUUAUCGGGAAGCCUUUAUUGACCAAGAUGAAUGUUUCUUUGGGCUCCGGAGUGAUCCCGUUCGUUCCCAGUGCGUGCACGCACUCGUGUCUAAAAUGAAUGCCGCCCAACAAAAUGUUCUAGCGGUAGACGGAAAUGUGGACUCGUUAUUUGGAGAAUAUUGCCGCGCUUAUCAGAUAUUCACUGACUGCAUCUCCGAUGACUUGCGCCAUGACUGCGGACUGCGUGGGCGGGACAUAAUAUUGCACAAUUUCUACCAAGUAAUGGGAUUUCAAGGGCGGAAGCGAGUUUGCAAUGCCCCAGUGCGCUCCAAUGAGGUGCCUAUCAUGAACAAUGAUGUCUACCUGAAUUCCGCCUUUUCGCAUAAUUAUAUUUUAUAACGAAAUCAAAUAUAAUGCAUUCACACGUAUUUAUUGAUUAGUCAUAAUUUUUCGUAAAUACCUAUAGAAAAUCACAGAAAAAUCAUAGAUAAAGCCUGAUUGGAAGCAAUAACGAAAGUUCUGGGAAUGAAUGUUGUG